AUGCCUCCGGGAAGGCAAUUUUCUUUUGAAAACGAACAGGACCAUAUGUCACAACCUCUGCCUCCCUCCCAGCCUCAACCAUACCACUACGACCAACACUAUAGAGAUUCGCCUGCACGAGACAUCGUCUCUCCUCCUCCACAGUACGAUAUCCACCAGAUCUCUCCACCCUCCUCACCUCAAAGGCCUCCCAUCCCACCAGACACUCGACUGCUCAACGAUCACUCCCCUUCCCGGAGAGCGGCUCCCAUACCCGGUCCCGACGACAACCUCCCUCCUCCACCCCCUCCACAUCGUGCAAGCCCGACAAGGCUGGCGCGAGAGGAUUCGGGUCAUACAUCGCAAUACAAUCGACCUUUCUCCGAGGUCACGACAGGAAUGGACAAUUUCGGCCAACAUGCAGAAGGUGGAGGAUUGACCAGUGUCGCACAAGGAGUCGCAGAUCGCCACCCUCGUGACAGUGGUGUGAAUGCUGUGCGAGAGAUGCCUCACUCUUACUCUCCAUACAACCAGGGCUGGCCUCGAGACAACUACAAUCGUGACUUUCAUGCUCCACAACCACCCCCAUCGCGACUUCCCGUGUCCGAUCGCAAUUCUUACAAUUCCUCCUUUGCUCUUGCCGCUGGUGCUGCCACUCCUGGCUCCAUCACUCCUACCGGUUCUCCUGGCCCCAGGUCCGAUCGCUUCUCUGGCAGAAGUAUUCCUCUUGAGGACUACCAUUCCAACCCCAACCAUCCCAUGGCCUACUCAGGCUACCAGGACUCUCCCUACCAGACUUCGUACGCUCCCUCCAUGAACUCCUCAAACAUCAUGCAUCAAGCCAGCAUCAACCCCAAUAACAUCAUCGAUGAUGGUGACGACUUUGCUACCCACCGAAACGGCCCCGACUCAAACAAUAAAGGUCUUGGUGGCCCUGCUGCCGCCGCCGGAGGUGCUGGUCUGGUAGGAGGACUAUUCGGCCGCAAGGGCAGGAAUCACACUCCUAGUGGCACCUACGAUGCCGUCGGCGGGUCUCAAGCUGAAAAGAGCGCCUGGCUGGCAAGUCAGACCAAGGGAAAGCGGAAACAGAGGUGGUGGGUCGGCGUCGUCAUCGGAUUGGUCAUUGUACUCGCCAUCGUGGGUGGUAUUGUCGGCGGUGUCCUCGGUACUCGAAAUUCGGAUGGCGGUGGCUCUUCCAGCAGUUCUAGCACUAACAAUGCUGGUGAUGAUACGGCAACCAAUGGUGAUCUCGACCUCAACUCGGCUGAAAUCAAGGCGCUCAUGAACAACAAAAACCUUCACAAGGUCUUUCCAGGGAUGGACUACACUCCAUGGGGUACACAAUAUCCCUUAUGUGAGACAUAUCCUCCUUCACAGAACAAUGUCACUCGUGACAUGGCUGUCCUUGCCCAGUUGACAAACGUUGUUCGUCUUUACGGAACCGACUGCAAUCAAACCGAGAUGGUCCUCCAUGCCAUCGACCGUCUUCAACUGAAAGACAUGAAGCUUUGGAUGGGUGUUUGGAUAGAUACCAACGCCACCACCUCCGCUCGUCAAUUAGACCAAAUGUACAAGAUCCUCGAGGACACAAAAGCGCACUCCGACCUCUCAAUCUUCAAAGGUGUCAUUGUCGGCAAUGAGGCUUUGUAUCGCGCCGGUGAGGACAAGGCUCAAUCGGAAGCUGAACUGAUCGACAUCCUGAAAGAAGUCAAAUCCAACUUUUCUGACAAAAGCUACAACCUGCCGGUCGCCACUUCGGAUUUGGGAGACAAUUGGAAUGCCAAUCUUGUCACUGCCGUUGAUUAUGUCAUGUCAAACAUUCAUCCUUUCUUCGCUGGUGUUACUGCCGACGUUGCUGCUGGUUGGACAUGGGACUUCUGGCAGGGACAUGAUGUUGUCCUUACUUCCGCUCUGCCAAAUGUCGGGCAAGUCAUCAGUGAAACAGGCUGGCCCAGUGGUGGAGGAACUGACUGUGGUGGUGUCGAUGGUUCAUGUACCGCAGGUCAGAGUGGUGCCGUUGCUAGUGUUGACGGCAUGAACACCUUUAUGGAACACUGGGUUUGCCAGGCAUUGGAAAAUGGCACUGAUUACUUUUGGUUCGAGGCAUUCGAUGAGCCAUGGAAAGUUGUCUACAACAAGGGUGACCAAAAUUGGGAAGACAAGUGGGGUUUGAUGGAUCCAGGAAGAAACUUGAAGCCUGGCCUGCAAAUUCCCGACUGUGGUGGCAAGACAGUAUGA